AUGUACGUGUGCCAAACGCAUUCUGACCUGAAACCCUUUGGUCCACGCCGAAACGGACACGCGCCCCCUUCCGGAGUAGACAAGAUCGUUGGCGGUGUGGAGGCCACCCGGCACGAGUUUCCGUACCAGAUAUCGCUCCAGUGGAACUUUGGCCGUAACAGCUCCCGGGCGCCGGUACACUUUUGCGGCGGAUCGCUGCUGAAUCGAAACUGGGUCAUUUCGGCCGCUCAUUGUCGGAUCCGGUUUACCCGCGGCGGUUGGAUCGAUGCCGUAGCUGGGGAUCACGACACGACCAAGACCGACGGGGGUGAGCAGAGACGGAGGGCGGUCAAGUUUGUGAUUCAUAAGGAUUACUGCGGGGGCGUUUGCCCGUAUGACAUUGGGUUGAUCCAGGUGGAGAGGUCGUACAAGUUUAACGAUAAAAUCGCUCCGAUCGCGCUGCCAAAGCAGUAUGAGAAGUUCUCGGGAGAUUGCGUGGCCUCGGGCUGGGGUUCGACCUCGACGACGAAUAGACCGAUGUAUCCGGAGAAGUUGAGGAAAGCGGUUCUACCAAUCGUAGACUUCAAGACGUGUUACAGAUUCUGGUUCCAGGAGGGCAAUCCGGACGCGCUGUCCAAUACAUGUGCUGGACCGGAAGAUGGCUCGCGUAGUGUGUGCUCUGGGGAUUCUGGGGGUCCACUGGCCAAGUUUGACGAGGAAGGGAGCCAUCCGGUACUCGUUGGAGUGGCCUCCUGGGGAGCGGUGCCCUGCGGGAUGGAGGAGAAACCGGCGGUGUUCACGACCGUGUCCAGCUUUAUUGAUUGGAUCAAGGAGAAUAUGAGAUAGGUUUGUGAGGUGAAAGUAACGCAUAGCAUUUCAACAAAUAUUUUAAGAAUAAUUCAGCAAUAAAGUACUUCUGCAUUUUAGUCAACCAUG